AUGGCUAGAAAUUUGCUUCAUUCAGUUCACUCUUUGGGUGAAUUAAAUUUAAUUGAAAGAAUAUUGUUAAAUCAAUGGCCAGAUAAAUUACGAUUAGAAAUUGAUUAUCUUCGAAGAAAAUUUUCUUGGAUUGAAAGAGAAGGAAAUGAAUUAAUUAGAAAAUACCUCAUUAGAGAAACACACCAAAGGAUUUAA